GCCCAUGUAAAUUUUUUAACUCUAAUUGGGCCUUAACAAGCCCAUUAAUGGAUCUUCGAUUUCCAGAAUUUUCAAGAACUUCUUCGCUUUUUCAUGUCCGAUCAAAUCACUCCAAUUCAAAAACCCUAAAAAAAUAAAAUAAAAAUUCCGAUCUACGUUCGCACCGGAGUCUGAGAAGAAGAAGAAGAAGAAGAAGAAGAAGAAGAAGAAGAUGGGAAUAAUAAGAAGCAGCUUCUCUUUCAUCUCAGGAACAGUGUGUGGGAUCUACAUCGCUCAGAACUACAACGUUCCUAACAUCAAGAAGCUUGGACACUGCGCCGUUUCAAUGGCCAAGCAACUUGAAGAAAAAUAUCGCAAGCCCAAAAACAGAGACGACGUUUGAUCUUCUCCGGUGAAUUCACCGUUCUUUUGUUACUUCUUUUAUUUGGUUUCUGCUUUUACUUUUGAUUGGUGAGAGGGUUGUGUGUGUGGGAUUGUAAAUUCAUACAAGUUUGACAAUCAAAGGAAGAUUCUUUUUA